AAAAAAAGAAGAAGAAAACGAAGAAGCGGUUGCCACGAAAGAGGCCGUUGCAGAUAAUGCGACCAUUAAACUCUGUCUUGUGCGACAUUUUGGCGCUAGAUUGAAUAUUAACAUCAUUUGUUAAAACUACGCACCACUGUCACUCUUUACGAACAAUGGCAAAAUUUGGACUCGAUAGCUAUGCUACAAUGAAAUCAUAAUUGGGGAUUAGUGUCAAGAAUAGACGAGGUUCGUUAGCCAUGAUUCGUUUAUCCUAGUGGGUUUUUAUUCAGUCAGUCGAUUAUCUUCCAGCGACCUGUCGGGGAUCAACAUACAAAAUGAAAUUCACAGAGCAUCUUUCAGCUCACAUCACCCCAGAAUGGAGGAAACAAUACAUUCAGUAUGAGGCUUUCAAAGAGAUGUUAUAUGCUGCUCAGGAUCAGGCCCCGUCCAUUGAAGUUACGGAUGAGGACACCGUUAAAAGGUAUUAUGCCAAGUUUGAGGAGAAGUUCUUCCAGUCAUGUGAAAAAGAGCUGGCCAAGAUUAACACGUUUUAUUCAGAAAAGCUGGCUGAGGCUCAGCGGAGAUUCGCCACCCUACAAAAUGAAUUACAAUCAUCAUUGGAUGCCCAGAGAGAGACUGCAACCAAUGGGCGGGAUCUGCGAAGGAGGAAAACCGUGUUUACCCUAUCACAGCAAGAGAGAUGCAAACACAGAAAUAUAAAAGACCUUCAGCUGGCCUUCUCAGAGUUCUACCUCAGUUUGAUCCUGUUGCAGAACUACCAGAACCUGAAUUUCACAGGCUUCAGAAAGAUCCUGAAGAAGCAUGAUAAGAUUUUGGAUACAUCUCGGGGGGCUAAUUGGAGAGUGUCCCACGUUGAGGUGGCUCCAUUCUACACUUGCAAGAAAAUCACGCAGCUCAUAUCUGAGACUGAGGCAUUGGUCACAAUAGAGUUGGAAGGUGGUGACAGGCAGAGGGCCAUGAAGAGAUUGAGGGUACCUCCCUUGGGAGCUGCGCAGCCAGCUCCCGCUUGGACCACAUUUAGAGUUGGACUUUAUUGUGGAGUUUUCCUCGUCCUAAUGGUUACUGUCAUUAUCACAGGAGCUGUCAUGUUUCCCAUCGCUGACGUUUGGCCAAUGAUUAGAAUCUACAGAGGCGGCUUCCUUUUAAUAGAAUUCCUCUUCCUCUUAGGUAUUAACACCUAUGGAUGGAGGCAAGCAGGAGUCAACCAUGUGCUUAUAUUUGAACUCAAUCCUAGAAAUAACCUAUCGCAUCAACAUCUGUUUGAGAUUGCAGGUUUUUUGGGGGUGCUGUGGUGUGUCAGCCUGCUGUCAUGUCUAUUUAGUGACAGCAUUCCAUUGCCAAUGCAAGCCCAUCCUUUGGCUCUUUAUGGCUUUUUUAUUGUCUUCCUUAUCAACCCAAUCAAGACCUGCUACUACAAGUCACGCUUCUGGCUUCUCAAACUUCUGUUUCGAGUAAUGACCGCACCAUUCCAUCGUGUUGGCUUUGCUGACUUCUGGUUGGCUGACCAGCUGAACUCUUUGGGAGUUGUUUUGUUAGAUAUGGAGUACAUGGUCUGUUUUUACAGUUUUGAACUUGACUGGAAAAAACACGAUGGACUCAUCAGCAGUGAAGGUAACGAUGUGUGUAAUACCUACUCCUAUGGCGUCCGUGCAGUGGUUCACUGUCUUCCUGCUUGGUUCAGAUUCAUCCAGUGUCUUCGUCGUUACCGGGACACGAAAAGGGCCUUCCCUCACCUGGUUAAUGCUGGGAAAUACUCCACUUCCUUCUUUGUUGUAACUUUUGCUGCUCUCUACAGCACACAUAAAGCUCAAUCAUAUGAUGAUGCCAAGAUUUUCUUCUACUUAUAUGUAACGUGUUUGGUGGUCAGCUCAUGUUACACACUAAUUUGGGAUCUGAAGAUGGACUGGGGCCUGUUUGACCGCAAUGCUGGAGAAAAUACCUUUUUGAGGGAGGAGAUAGUCUACCCACAUAAGGCCUAUUACUACAGUGCCAUAGUAGAGGAUGUACUCUUGAGAUUUUCGUGGAUUUUAACCAUUUCCCUCAGCACAAUCGCCAGUGUUCAUGGCAUCUCUGAUAUAGUGGCAACUGUACUGGCCCCGAUGGAGGUCUUUAGACGUUUUGUGUGGAAUUUCUUCAGACUGGAGAAUGAACAUCUGAAUAACUGUGGUGAGUUCAGAGCUGUCAGAGACAUUAGCGUGGCUCCACUCAAUGCUGAUGACCAGACGCUGCUGGAGCAGAUGAUGGAUCAGGAGGAUGGAGUCAGGAACCGACAAGGCAAAAAGAGUUGGAAACGGAGCUAUAGUAUGAGUCUACGUAGACCAAGACUUUCUUCACAAUCCAAGACCCGUGAUACCAAGGUUUUGAUAGAAGAUACAGAUGAUGACUCCUGACAUCAGGCCACGCCCCUUGCCUGGGUCCAGAAUUUAUUCAAAGGAGGAAAUACAUCCUCCUAACCAAGGAAUUACCCAGCAAGUUGGGCGUUGAACUCACUUGAGUUCAAGACUCUCAUGCUUGUAAAAAUCUCUCAUUGUAUGAGCAUUGUACAGGUUCGGCACUAUUUCAAAACAGAGUCAACAGAACUGAGAGUGCAAGAAAGACUAUCACUGUAUACUUUAAUGUGUAAUUUACCUUCACUUAUAACCUUCAAGAUUCUUACCUCACCUUACUAGUAUGUGGAACCCUACUAUCCAUGUCAUGGACAAACCCCAGAUGUCUUAAACUCCUUAACAUUCCUCUCCUCGAAUCCUCUAGUUUGGCAUGAACAAUCCUGGUUUUUGGAACCUAAGAAGACUAUACUAUCAUGAGGUGUCUGUUCUCCACUUAGAUGCUCCGCCACCAUUUAGCUUGAGACUGACUUCAACGCUACUCCUCCUAAGACACCCGAAAAGCACCUUGUAGAUUUAUCAUCUUUCUUUGGUUCAACCUGGUUUUUAGACGCACCAUAUUUGAGGACGAUUUUACUCAUUUUUUGGUCACUGUCACAUUUAUUAUGGAUGAACUUAAAUGGAAUAUUAUAUAAACACACACGUUACAAAUAAUAAUAUGUACUGUAUUUUUUGGAACGUAAGGUGCACUGGAUUAUAAAAUGCGGUUUCGAUGAACAGGUCUAUUUUGGGAGAUUUCCAUGCAUAGGGCAUACUGGUUUGUUUAUAAAGCCCACUACUGCACAUUAUGGGAAACAAACCUGCAUAGCAUAAGUCAAACUUUGUUCAACUUCAAUCCAACAUCCAUCCAUAUGAUUAAAAGGUAUACUGGUGAUUUUUAGAGAAUAUUAAAGCAUUUUAAGUGUGCCUUGUAGUCAGAAAAAUACAGUACCCGUGGUUAUGUGUAGAAAAUGGACAAACUAAAUUAAGGUGUAUAGAAGUUUUGGGGAGAAAUGUUAUGAAUAUAGUUCCAAGACUGUGAGCUUCUUAGUUUUCUAAACAUCCAGUGACAUGAAAUAUAUAGAUAAACCUAUUGUAUGUGUAUUAGUUGAAUGUAUGUUACAUGCUUAUUCUGUCACAAGGGCACAUUUAUUUAGAAAUGUGUGCUCUGAAUUCAAAAUUUGGUUGAAUUACAUCACAACUGUUGGAAAUAUUGUUGGGGGCCUCCCCAGAAAAUUGUUUCUUUUGGUGGGUAUGGGGUUGUGUAAGAAAACUAUCAAGAAGUAUUAGCUACCACUUACAUUCCAAACCAUGAAAGGGGUCAAAUUUUGAGCAGGAAAGUGCUCCAUCGCAUACAUCCAUCUCAAAGUUUCUCAAGGCGAAGAUGAUCAAUGUGCUCUGUGACUGGCCAGUUCAGUCACCAGACAUUAAUAUCAUUGAGUAUGUCUGCGAUAGAAUGAAAGAGGAAGCAUGGAAGACAACAAAACAUUUUUGAUGAACACUGGGAGGCAUGGAAGACUGUUUUCUUUGCUAUUCGUGAUUGCGUCAUCAAUAGAUUCUAUGGAUCAUUGCCAAACCAAAAGUCUUCCAAGUUAUGGAAGUCAUACAAGAUAUUAAAUUUCAUAGCAUCACACCUUAAUUCACUGAUGUUUAGUUGGUGACAAAACUUGUGUCUUGACAAAACAUGACCUCUCUGUGUUCAUUCAAAAAAUAAACUGUCUUGACAAAACAUGACCUCUCUGUGUUCAUUAAAAAAAUAAUAAAAACGUUUGUCUUGACAAAACAUGA